AUGUCCCCUCUCUAUCAGGGCGCCACGUGCCAGCCUCAAAACGCCGCUAACAACGGCAUUUGCGGGCUGGGCGGGUUUCCUCUAUACUCAGUAAAGGCGACAAACGUUGCUCAAAUCCAGCUUGCUGUCAAUUUUGCUCGCACCCUUGACCUCCGCCUGGUCAUACGCAACACCGGCCACGACUUCUUGGGCAAGAACACCGGUGCCGGUUCCUUAUCCAUUUGGACUCAUAACCUGAAGGCGUCGACAUCCGAUAUAUUCUGGGCUGUCCGUGGCGGCGGUGGUGCCACGUGGGGUGUUGUCACAUCAAUGACCGUGAGAGUGUAUCCUAAGACCAAGUUUGCCGGCUUGAGUUGGUCCGUUAAUACUGCCGAGAAGAACAUUUCUUCCACCGCCUUCUGGUCCGCAAUGGAGGCCUAUUGGCGCCGGUUCCCUGAGUUUUCCGUCCAGAAGACCUACGGCUACUCCACCCUCUUCCCCGCGGGUAACGGUGCGUUUCUCUGGAGUAUGCGCCCCUGGAUGGUUCCUGGCAUGGCUCUUAGCGAAUUCAAAGCCAUGGUUGAGCCUCUCGUCCAGGAGUGGACUACUCUUGGCUUCAGUGUCGAGCCGGAGUACUUUGAGCACGACAACUUCUACACUGCUUGGAAGAAUCAUUUCCCCAUGGAGAGUGUCGGAACCGCGGAGGUCCGUACUGCCAGCCGUCUCAUCUCCAAGGCUAAUUGGGGAGAUCUCGUGCUUCUAAACAAGACAAUUGCCACACUUAAGGACAUCAUCAACGAAGGUUCCGCUCUGAUCCAGUACAACAUCAACGCCGCUGCUCCCGCUGAUGCCACUGCAAGUGCCGCCAACCCGGCUUGGCGUGAGGCCCUCAUAUUCGCCAUUAUCGGUGGCGGCUAG